AUGCGUCGGGCUGACUCCUCCUACCCACUUCAUCUUCCCCACCACCACCAUCUUCACAUGUCAGACGGAAAUAUGAUGGCAUCAUCUUCACAAUAUGCUCACAGAUGGAAAUAUGAUGUCUUUGUGAGUUUCAGAGGUGAAGAUAUCUGUAAAACAUUUAUUGAUCAUCUGUUUAGUGAUUUCAGAAGGAAAGGGAUCUAUCCAUUCAGAGAUGAUAAGAAGUUAAAGAGGGGAGAAGAGAUAGCACCAGAACUCUAUAGAGCCAUCGAACAGUCAAGGUUUUUGAUAGUCAUAUUCUCAAAUGACUAUCCCUCAUCUACAUGGUGUAUGAGGGAGCUUGUGAAGAUCCUUGAAUGCAAAAAGGGAGAUGAUGAAUACGAAGUUCGGGUACUGUUUUACAAUGUCACCUCUAGAAAUGCAUCUGCCACUCCCAUUAAUACAAACCGAGGAAGGAUAACAAAGAUUGACAAAGGCACUAAUGUCAUCCAUUUUUUACAUUCAAUUGGCGUAUUCAUUGUUCAGUUCUCCGGCAACGUCAAGUGA